GCACUGCAGUUGAGGAGACUUUGCAUUGUUAGUUUCAGUCUGCUUUUCUUUACAAGACAGUUUCCUUCUUCCAGUAACCCUUAAAAUUGCGAAGUUCUGUUCCUGCUCAAAGAGCAUUAUGUAGCAUUUGAGGUUUAUAUAAACAACUCCUCAAACGGAACAACACAAGUCAUUCAUGAGGAAUGAGGAGGAGUGAGAGAACGAGAAAGGGAGAAGCAAGCAGAAGAGGAAAAAUCUGAGGCAGAGUAAAGUUCGGUCGUUCAUUUCUGCUGAUCAUUGCUGGAUUUUAAAGGCUCUACCAUGGACUUAAGUCUAGUCCUGGUAAGCUUUGUGUUUUUCUUCAGGCUGUGUGGAAAAUGUAGAGGAUCUGAAGAGGAGAACUGUACUGACCACAAACUCCAGUUUGAGAGGGUUUUCUCUGUUCCUGGAGAUGUGGCUAUGCUGAGAAGCACACUGGUCUCCUCAGACGUCUUUGACUUCAAAACUGUCCCGUACAGCAUCACGUGGUACAACUCAGUGUCGGGCCAAGAAAUCAGCAGUCAGGCUGGUCACAUCAUGGUGCACGAGGACACCCUGUGGUUUCUAAAAGUAACCAUGAAUGACAGUGGGGAUUAUGUGACCAUACUGAGGACUCCUUCCCACUGCUAUAGACAGGCCUGCCGACUGGUGGUGGAGGAAAGACUUCCAGGAGAAUGUGGAAUGCCAAGGAAAGCUUUUCAGCCACUUACAAAAGGAGUCACUGACAACCUGAGCUGCCCUCUGAGGAACGAAAUGAAUAAGCUGAACAGCUACAACAUCUCUUCCUCCAUCAAGUGGUACAGAGGUUGUGACCCCAUAGAGGACGGAACAGGCGGCUUUGACUAUUGGGGCACCAGACUGAAAAUUAUCAGUGUGGAGCUUCAACACAAAGGCACCUAUACCUGUACUCUGACAUUCACUCUGGGUGGAAUCAAAGGGUCUGUAUCAGAGUCUAUUAAAGCAGAGGUCAAAGAGAGUUACUCUUUGGUUCCACAAGUGCAUGAACCCUCCAAUGAUAUAAUCAAAGCACAGAGAGGGUACAACUUCAGUAAAAGGUGCCUGGUGUUUGUGCCGGGUGUCGGGAAGCCUUCUGCUUAUCUUUAUUGGUUGGACAAAGAUGGAUUCUUUGAUACAAACACCUCUCACCGUGUCCACAUGUUAGAACAGCGUUUGCUGCCCCAAGAUGGCUCCAGUAAAGGUGCGUGGUUAGAGACCUGGCUGAUAUUUUCUGAGCUGAAGGAGGAGGACUUCUACAUAAACUACACCUGCCGUGCGUACAGUGACAGGGGCUUUCCUGAAGGAUAUUUCAGUCUGCAACCAGCAGAUUCAAACAUCAUCGUUGUGAUUGGAUCUGUACUCGGUGGUGUGAUGGUUGUCCUUAUUAUCACUUUCAUUGUCUACUAUAUUUCUAAGAUCAAUGGUGUGCUGUGACUCAGACUAGCAUUCCCAGUCCUCUUUAUCAAACACAGGGUUACCAGGGUGUCCAAAGGCUGCCAGAUUGAGUUGAGGGUAAUUGUUGACGCAAUAACAGAAGAAGACGAGAUGCGGGAGUUAAAAUGUGUCACUCAGAACAAAGGAGGAAGACGAGAAGUGUUAAGUUAUAUUUUUUGUCUUUUGUUUGUUGAGACCACCUCAACAAACCAAAGACAGGACAACCAAACCUUGAUAUGUAAAAACACUAAUCUACCUUUGCGUCUCUGUCUACAGACUCCACCUUUACAUGGGCGGUUGUGGCUGCAGGGGCUGUGACCUCAUUCCUCACAGUGGUCUCUGUGUUUUUCUACGUCCUCUUCAAACCUAGAAGGAAAAAGAACAUGGAUUACUUUCUGGCUCAGCAGAGCAGCACCUUCUAGCUCUGACGCUGUGCACGCUCCCUCAUCAGAGACCUCCUUUUAAACGUUACAUUUUACAUCAAAUUGUUUUUGUUAUGCAUUAUUUCCGUGUGAUAUCCAGGAGCAGCACCACGUCUUUUUUAGAGUUGCCUGUAAAAUCCACUGCUAAAGGCUGCUAAUCAGCAAAUGAAUAACUUUAUGUUUGUUAUUGAUGUUAUAGUUUGCAGUGGGGAUUUACUGGAAUGAAUGAAACACUGACAUCACUGAUGUUUUGACACAUUUGGAUAAUGAUAUGUCAAGACAAUGAAUGGAAGUUUAACUAUUUCCCACCAAAACUGUAUUAAUGUGCUUAUUUUGAAAACAAACCUGAAGAUGAUACAUGCUGUGUUCCAGCAGAUUUCUGUCAAUUUAGCUCAAAUAAGGUCAGCGUUCUCAAAAAUGUUUGAGGCACUUGCUUUUGUGCUUAUACUGGACAUCCGUCUCUCUCUGUAAGAACCAGCAGUAGUCAGCUGUCAUGCUCGGUUUAAAUUUUACCUGAUGUCAGUUUUCCAUUACAAUGUCACAAUUACUCAUGUCGCUCAAAUUUCGUGGAAAAAAGUCAAGAUGAGACUGUAAAAAGUGUAUCUUCAGUGACAUUGUGACGCUCAUUAGUCGAUAUGCUUUCAACAUCUUAUCCACAAGAUCAAAAGGCUCCUCUGCUCCGUGGCUGCCUGCACGAAUGCUUCCCACGUGCCGUGAUUAAGUUGGCUUCAAUUUCCUUUUGCACUCAGUGUCAAGCAUCAGGUCCCAGAUUUCAGGACGAUCAAAAACACCUUCAUUUUGACUUGACUUUUUUCCAGACUAAACUUCUUUCUUAAAUGCUGAAACUCUGAUUCUGUCCAGUCAUCUUCAUUGUCCAAUACUUGGAACAUCGUCACAAAAAAUUGUGAAGUGUUGUAUAAAAAUGGGGUUCACAUUUGGAGUCAACAAGUCAUAUUUGUUAAAUAAAUUCCAGUAGCAAAAUGCUCCCUGAUGUACUCUGUGAAA